UAUAGUGUCGCCCCCUGUCAGAUCUCUGUGUCAUCGCACAUGUAUGUUUUGUAAUUGCUUAGCUAGAUGGCGCACCCCCCUUCUGUCAUGUGACAAGCUUGGACCAAUCGGGAGGUGUCAUCUAGCAUGUGAAGCCUUUAUAAGAAUAAACAGCCGCGGGUCGGCGGAGUCUUCGUUCCGGUUUUCAUCGGGCGCAGUUAGCUCCGUGUCUCCUUCACUGCGCCGGCGCUAGCCGCGCGUUCGCCCGUCGGGGCCCCCCGCUUGCCUGCCGCUGCCGACACAACAUCUUUUGGCGACGAGGAUGGGAUUCCCGCAGCGGUUCCGACCGAAGCCCCGGGACACCAACGAGCUUCGCCCACCUCGAAGCGGCCGGCGGUGGCGACUGGACGGACGCGCGACGAGCGUCCGCGCUCGUCAGCGCUCUCGGGCGUGAGGGACAACGGAAGUACUUUGCAGACGAGGAGCAGGAAGCAGCAAGGCAGUUAACCAGCGCAGCGUCAGCUUCAAGCGAAGCAGCAAGGCAGUCGACCGGCGCAGCGUCAACGUCAAGUGAUGCGGUCCCGCCAGCGUCAGAGUUUCCGAGACUCUUGGAGCGGCUUGACCGGCUGUUCGCCGCGUCAACAAAUGUCCUGGCGGAACGGCACGAAUUCACCAGUCGGAAGCAGUUCGAGGGAGAAGGAUUCCUGGAAUUCGUGACCGCAUUGAAGGAGAAGGCGGUACAGUGCAACUUCGGCACAGCCUACAACGAGCGCGUCCGAGACCAAAUCAUACAUGGCGUAGCGAACGUCAGCGUUCGCGAAAAGUUGCUGGCUCAUGGCGAAACCCUGUCCCUGGACAAGGCAGAAGAAAUUGGACGCUCGUUAGAAGCCUUGCAUCGAGCGAACCGCGCGUUCGGCUCCGAAAAUGUUCGAAGAAUCGAGGCAUCUCAACUUGGCGUUCCGUCGGCGGGCCAAGAUGGCCGACUUCUUCCGGGGAGCCGCCAAGAUGGCCGACGUAGUCCGGGAGGCCAUGAAGAUGGCCGACGUAGUCCGGGAGGCCAUGAAGAUGGCCGACGUAGUCCGGGAGGCCAUGAAGAUGGCCGACUUCUUCCGAGAGGCCGCCGAGACGACCGACUUCUUCCGAGAGGCCGCCGAGACGACAGACUUCUUCCGAGAGGCCGCCGAGACGACCGACUUCUUCCGAGAGGCCGCCGAGACGACCGACUUCUUCCGGGAAGCCGCCAAGAGGGCCGACAUUUCGCACAUGGCUCCUCCGGGAACCGUGGUGCAUGCGAUCGGUGUGGCAGCACGAAGCAUAUUGCAACGUACAGGAAUUGUCCAGCAAGGCACCGGCGGUGCAACGCCUGCCACACGUUGGGCCAUUUUGCAUCAGUAUGCCGAAAAACCCGUACUGUCCAGCACGUCUCUUCCGCAGAGACGCGGUCUUUGUCAACUUCCACAGGACAGCCGUCCGCGUCUGUCUUGACGGUGAGCACCUUGGAAACUAAAAAAGAUUUGGAAGUUCCAGUCGUAGUGAACGGCGUCUCCAUGCGACUGCCGGUGGAUACGGGAGCGUCUGUCUCAAUGAUGACUGUCGAAGAUUUUGGAAAGCACUUUGGUCGACAGCACAGACUGUCACAAACAGUGGACUUGAAAAAUUUCUCCAAGCAAUGCAUCGACAUUCAAGGCCUGUUUCAAGCCACUGUCCAGUUUUUCCAAAGGUCAUGCUCCGUCACGUUCCACGUAACGACUACAGGAACAUCACUGCUGGGUUUAGACGCCAUCCAACGCUUGGGCAUACAGAUCGACGGUACGUCGCUGACAUGUCGUCUACCAUCGCUUCCUUCGGUACAGAGCCCCACAGGUGUGCCUCCGG